UGUCGCGUCUAUCUCUGUAGUUCAGGGUGUAGCAGGGACAACAUUUUCGGAGCACUGCUCGGGUGAACUUUAUUACUUGAUGGCUUCGUGCCUUCGUGCAAUUCCUAAAUCCAGUGAGUGGGUGGCGUCAGUGAAUUUGCUGAUUUAUUUGCACAUUUAAAAUGGGCAGUAAAGAAAAUUCUUCCUCAGCGGCAAUGAAAUCAGCAUCUGCAAAUGCAAAGGCAUAUGGAAAAAUAUUGCUCACUCUACAAAAUUGCCUUUUACCAGAGGAAAAGUUAGUAUCGACGCCGUCGCAUUUAGAUGGUCUCGAUGCUGAAACAGAGACUGAACUUCGUAUUUUAGGAUGCGAACUUAUUCAGACCGCUGGAAUUUUGUUAAAACUACCGCAGGUCGCAAUGGCAACGGGACAGGUGAUAUUUCAACGGUUCUACUACAGCAAAUCUCUGGUGAGACAUAAUAUGGAAAUCACAGCUAUGGGUUGCGUUUGUCUAGCUAGUAAAAUCGAAGAAGCACCCAGGAGGAUACGAGACGUUAUUAACGUCUUCAACCACAUCAAACAAGUCUCGAGUCAAAAACCUAUAACACCAGUCAUUCUUGAUCAAAACUACGUCGCUUUGAAGAACCAGGUAAUCAAAUCGGAAAGACGAGUGCUAAAGGAGCUCGGAUUUUGUGUCCAUGUAAAACAUCCGCACAAGAUUAUUGUCAUGUAUCUCCAAGUCCUAGGUUAUGAAAAAAAUAAAGGAUUGAUGCAGCAAAGUUGGAAUUACAUGAACGAUUCAUUGCGUUCAGAUGUUUUCCUCAGGCAUCAUCCGGAAACUGUAGCGUGUGCCUGCAUUUACUUGGCGGCUCGACAACUCCAGCUGCCGCUGCCCUCGUCGCCUGCCUGGUUUUCUCUCUUCAAAGUGAAAGAGAGUGACAUAAGGGAUGUCUGUCGACGUAUUAUGAGACUUUACGUUCGACCUCGCAUCAAGUCUGAACAUCUAGAGAAGAAAGUUGAGGAACUUCGACGACAGUACGAAGAAGCUCGAUCGAAAGCCAGAGGAACUGAAGUUGAUGGACACACGCCUAGUCCUCCACUUCCCAAACAUCACAACGCUUGGGGAGGAUUUAUUAGUCGAAGCGGGUCGCACGCCAUUCCUGAAAGGACGAAAUCGCCUAGGAGGUCUAAGUCGACGAGCCCCUCACCAGUUAGGGACGUGGUGAAGCAUUCGAAACGAAAGAAGCACAGCCGAAGUAGAUCAAGAAGUCACAGUCGUUCACACAAGCCCAAGAAAUCGCAACGUCGACGGUCGAGUAGCCAUAAAUCUCGCAACCGAUACAGGUCACGAAGCAGGUCGAGAGACAGGGAUUUUGAAAAAUCUAGCAAAACCCGGAACAAGCAUAGGCGACAUUAAGAAAUUAACUUUAAAUCAACGAAUUUUAGGUAAAUAUAAUUGAUGGUAAGCGAACAAAUCGCAGGUUUGUUAUGUCGAAUUCGUGUACUCUGCUGCGCUCUUUAAACAGUUAAAAUAAAACGAAUAUUUUCUUAAAAUUUUGCCAAUUCUAAGUAGAUUUCAAUAAUAUAAAUAGAAUUAAAGUGUGCAAAGCUGAGUUUUGUGGCGUACUUUAAUUCUAUUUAUAUAUUUUUUAUAAGAGUUUACACUCAUUUUUUCGCAUUUGUUUUUAAGAGAGAUAAAAUUCUGUUUUAAGAAUUUUUUUCAAGAAAUUCUUUUAUUUUAUUUUAUUUUUUUCAUUGUAUACAAAUUCGAGAGUACAAUUUUCAUAAUGCUGCGAGAUUAAACUUCUGGUGUCUAAAUGAACAUUGAGCAGAUUUCAACCGCAACAAUUGUGUAAACUGUAAAUAAUAAUACGUGAUUCGAUGGCACUGGAUUGCGGUCAUGUUCUUAGGGAAAUUUAUUGCGUCUCUGUAAUAAAUGUUUACUUCUGUACAAACGUAAGAUAUUUUUACAUAUAAUAAAAAUUAGUGUACAUUUAA